GAGCAAUAAACCUCUCAGUUCGCCUCAAUAUCACGCAUGGAUCAUGCUAUUUGGUCAUGAGGACAUGCACUCACUGAACAUAAGCCUUGUAGAGGAUGGUGUUUCAAAAAGAUAUAUCUCAAGCAUUUGCCAACCCAUUGGAUGUAACAAAUUAUAAGCUUCCCUUGGUGGUGCAAAAGUUUGGUUCUACCCAUAGGUGACUCAAAAGGAGCAUGCCAUAAGGCUUCUAUUUAAAUUGACGGUCAAGAUCGCUUGGAUCACUUAAUCAGAAAGCAUUACAUUCUUCACUGGAAUCCAAUCAGAAGGGUGAAAUCACUCUGUGUGGAGAUGAAAACGAGAUCUCGGACAACGAGAUAUUGAAGAGAAAAGCACCACCCAUCAACCGUGUAUCAGAUAUGGCAAACAUUACGGGUGCGUGCAUAGAGAUUUCUGUGCGGAUAAUAGAUGGCCGUCCGUCUAUAAACAGGAGGCUGAUUACCUGCGGACGAGAUGCUUUAACGUGAGAACAUGGACGGCAGAUCCAUAUCCGCAUAUCAUACAAUAUGCGAGCGUGGAAAGAUUCUAGCUGUUCGCACCGCAGCGCUGCGGCCCCACCCCUAACGGCUAUAACUUCCUCGCUCUUUUUAACCAUCCUCUACCCGCCCAAACCCCCUCCUCUGAAGCCUACAACACCUCCAUAGGGAGAGAGUUCUCUUGAGCUCUGCAAGCACCAAUUAGGAUUAAAAGAAUGGGAUCAUCACAUGAAUAUGUUGAUGUGCUGCUCGCCAAUUCUUCGGCGCAUGAGCUUGAGGGCGUCCAAAUUCACAGCAUUGGAGACCGAUCGGAUCCUGAAGCUCCAAUUGCAUUUGUAGCCAAUCUGGCAUGCCCAAAACCUCCGAAACCUGAACCACAGCGAAGCUUUGCAAGAACCCUAAUGUUGCAGCCCUCGAAGAUCGAGGAGGAAGAGAUGAACUGGCUCUCAUCACAGGUGUCCACCAGGGAGGCGGUGAGAAACCCAGCUGGGAAGGGCUUGCGUAGGAUGCAGUCCAGUGCGGAGUUGGGGCUUAAGGGCCUUCGCUUUCUCGAUAAGACGACGGGCAGGAAGGAGGACGGCUGGAAGGCUGUGGAGAAGCGGUUCCACCAAUUUGCAGUCAAUGGUAGGCUACCCAAGGAGAAAUUUGGGUGCUGCAUUGGUUAGUCUCUCCUUUGCUUCAUGCAAGUCUUCCUCUUUCUCAGUAAUUUUAAUUGAAAGCAAAGGUCAUCCACCAUGAACAUACUUCUGAGAUC